UGAUUGAUUCGGUCUCGGUGCGUCGUGGAAAGAGGACCUGUCGUCUCGUGAGUCGUCACCCGCCCAGCAGUGUUGUGCGUUGUGCUACUGCCUGGUACUGAGUAGAGUCGCGAUAUUCAGCAACAAUAACUCUUUUUUUUCUCCGCGUGUUGUUGUUGUUGCCGAGGUUGCCACAACCCCAGCAACGAAACGAAAGGAGGUCGUCGUCAUCUCCUGUGUGUGUGCGUUUUUUUUCGUGUUCGAUUUUCUUAUAAAGUGUUUCUUUUCUUUUUUUGUUACUAUUCGUUGUUCGAUAUUUAUUGGUUGUUGCUUUUGAAAGUGCGAGUGGUUUGAUCUUUUUUUUUUCUCCUGUGUUUAUUUGAUCGAGUGAAAACUGUGCGAUUUCACGGCACUCCAAUCCCCGACGCGAGGAUCAAAUCGUGGCAAAUUACCCUAUCGAGAUCGAAUUUGGUACUGUUGUUGGUUGCUGCCGCCCACUGUCACCGAAGAGAGAAGAAGUGUGGAGAAAGGUCAAGAAAUCGUCUGCGAACGCGACUUUGAUUGUGUGGCAGGUGCACGUGAUUAAGUGGAUUAAGCUCAUUUUUGAUUAAGAGAACAUCAAGUUCUCGAAUAAGCUCAAUUAAUUGCUAAAAAUAUUAGAUAAUACAUAUCGUGUGGCUGUAAUUAAAAUUUGAAAGUAUUUGCAAAUAACGUGAGAGCUGCUCAAAUAUAAGCAUCGGCAGCAGCGAGACAGACCCACCGCGAGAAUAUUGUGUGUGCAGUCCUGUGUGGCAGAAAGAAGAAAAAGUCAGAAACCCCGCAGUACGCGAAAGUGUAGCUCCCCCGAGGUGUGGUGUGCCGACACACAAAUACCAAGUGAUGCGCGAACGGUGCGCAAGUGGUUGAGCCACGACGACGACCACCGCCAUCACCUAAAACAGUGUGUGCAGUGCAGUACAGUGCAGCGAAGACGCGUCCGUCGUGUGUAAUUGAAAUUCAAUAAUUUAUAUCAGACGAACGCGCAGAUCGACCAGCUGACGACGACGACAAAGACCACGCGGAAACUCACACACGGGGGUUACGACGACAGCUAACGGGGACCACGGACACUGGCAGUGAUUGGUAUCAACGGCGCGAAGAGCAGCUGUAACUAGGAUUAAGUAACGACGGCGACGACGACCAGGUCCGUGAGUUACGGCGGCGAAUAGUGACGGUAGUUCGGACGCAGAACUUCGCCAGCCACGACGAUGGAGUCGAUGGAGUACGAGAUGGCCCGCAACAUGACGUUGCUGUUCUUUCUGGAGCGGCUGCUGGACCGCGGCGAGCCCCGCACCCUGCACGACCUGUCCUGCCAGUUUGGGGCGCGCGGGUUCACCAAGGAGAUGCGGCAGAUCGCCGGCGGAAGCCAGUCGGGUCUCAAGAAAUUCCUCUCGCAGUAUCCGGCGCUGUUCGAGAUCAACGGCGAUUUUGUGCACAUCAACAGCUACACGUCGAGCAGCGUGGACGAUUCGUCCAUCUCGGGCAAGCGCGACUACAUUCAGGAGGCAAAAGACUACUUCAAACACAAGCUGCUCCAGUACGGCAAGGGCACGGAAGUUCCGAUCCGCAGUCUGCUCGGCCAUCGUAGCCAGGCAUCGCCCCAGGUGCGGCACAUCUCCGGUCAACACAUCCGAGAGUUCACCGAGUUUCUGCUGAAGCACGAAGACACGUUCCAGGUGGUGGACGGUGAGAAUGUGGUGCUGGUUGGGUGCGAAAACGAGGAAGAUGUCCCGGCGUCGGAGCGGCUGCAUCUGCCCAACUCUGCCAUCGACACACAAGCCACCCAGCAGCUGCUGGACUCGUUCGCCCAGGUGAUAGAGAUCAAGGGCCCCAUCAUCGUCGACCAGCUCUUCCACAUGGUCACAUCCAACUUCCCCCAGGAGCAGUGGUUCCAGCUGUUCAAGAACCCAGCCGACCUGAAGACCUUCCUCAAGCUCUUCUCCGACUGCUUCCACAUCCAGUCCAAUCUAGUCACGCUGCUGCAGAAGCCAAAGCUGUCCAACUCGCACAUCCAGCAGGCCCAGGAAAAGCUCAACCUCUCCAACAGCACGUUCCCCACGACGACGACGACCCACAUCAGCAUCGUCCCACCGGCGAUCGCCAGCAGCAUCGGCAGUGGCAGCGCCAACGGAAGCAACAACACCAGCCGGACGGCUUCCCCCAAAAACAUGAUCGGCGAUUUCAAACUCAACGAACCGGUCUCGGUCGGCAUCGGCGGACCAACCAGCGUGGCCGCCGUAAACGCACUCAACAGCAGCAAAAGUGAACCCACCAGCGGGUUCGACAGUUUACUCAUCAACAACGACUUCAAAAUGGAGAACCUCUGCCCCAAAAACUGCCCCACCACCAUCUACUCCCGAAGCCAACCCCAGUCGCAGCAGCAACCCCACCAGCUGCAGCAGGUCAAACAAGACCCGAACGCGACAACCGCGGCCAACGACAAGGCCAACAACAACUCGGCUGUGAACAUCAAGAACCAGAGCUUGAAGCAACGCAUCAACAAUCUGGUGAUCAAAACGCUCGCCGAAAACCUAGAAAAAGAUAAGCAAUCAAUGUCUGCCAUUCAACAGACGCACCACAGCGUCGCCGUCGGUCCGGGAACCACCCCGACAAACCCCACCCCCACCCAAACCAACAACAAUCCCUCGCCCCAUCCCGUGUCACCCACCCCGAGCAGUCCAGUCCACUCCAACAACUACUUCAUCGGGGACACGUGGAAAAUCAAAGUCCUCCAAAACACCCGGGUCAUCUCGACCGUCAAGGAGUCGCUGUUCGUGACGCAAGCCAUCCUAAAGUCCGCCUACGAGGAUCAAACCGUGAUAUCAUUCGACUGCGAGGGCAUCAACCUGGGCGUGCGCGGUCAAAUAACCAUGAUCCAGCUGGGGACGACGCGCGGCGAGGCGUUCAUCUUUGACGUGGCGACGUGUCCCGAUAUGGUGCCGCACGGUGGCAUUAAGCAGGUGCUCGAAGCGGAGAAGGUCAUCAAGGUGAUCCACGACUGCCGGAACGAUUCCGUCAAUCUGUACAACCAGUUCCAGAUUAUGCUGCGGAAUGUGUUCGACACGCAGUCCGCCCACGCCGUGCUCCAGUUCCAGGACCAGGGCAAGCAGGUGUACAAGGUGAAGAACGUCUCGCUGAACACGCUGUGCGAGAUGUACAACGCCACCGUCAACCCGAUGAAGGACCAGCUCAAGAACGUGUACCGGCGCGACCAGAAGUACUGGGCCCGGCGGCCGCUCACCCGGGACAUGCUGCUGUACGCGGCCGGCGACGUGCUGAUCCUGAUCAACGAGCAGCUGUACCUCAACAUGGCCACAUCGAUCAAACCGGAGUUCCGCGAGCUGCUCGCGGAGCUGUGCACUGAGCAGAUUUUAAUGCUAAUCCGCCCAGUGGACGUCAAGAUGCGCAAGAAGCAGCGGAAGGUCCGCUCGGAGAUCCAGGACCUGAAGGUGAAGCUGAAGGGCGCCAGCAAGAACGUGGUCCUGAGCAAUCGCGAGAUUCGAUUGCUGAGGUACAUGGAUUUGACGGAGGAGGAAAAGGAGAAGCUGCGAGUGUCGUACAAGGUGGCCAAGAAGCUGGACAAGCUGGAGAACUUUGACCGGGAUCGUGGCGACCAGAGCGAUUCGGACGACGAGUGCGACAUUGUCGAGCAGGACUACCAGAGUUUGGACAGCGUGCCGUCGGAUAAUUCCCUGCCGGGGACGGGGACUGGCGGAGGAAGCGGUGGUGGUGGUGGUGGUGGCAGCGGCGGAACCGGAACGUUUUCCCCCAAGAGUUCCGAGCCGCCGAGCCUGACCGAGUCGAUGCAGCUGAUGGACGAGAUUCUGUCGAACACGACGAUGGAUCGGAUGGCGAGGAUCGACAAGCUGGAGGCGAUCCUGUCGGCGGCCACGCUUUUGCCCAAUGAUCAGUCCUUCACUGAGACAAUGAACAAUUUCAAUACCAAUACGAUAGUAGUAACUAACGAAAACAAUAUUCUGCUGCAGCAGCCCUCGAAAAAGGACGAAAUUAAGGGACGAUCGUCCAAAUCGAGCGCGACGUCCGUAACCGGUGCCAGCUCGGGCGGCUCGUCGAAGCUGUCGUCCCGGCUGCAGCACGGCACGACUCCGCCACCGGCCCCCAAGGCCGAAACGCGGGAAGCGUCCUGCCAGACGCUCAGUACCGGCGACAUUGUCAUCACGAAGAUCUUCUUCAAGGAGGAGGACAAGGACAAGAAGCCGGAGAAGACGCUCAUCUCGACGACGGGGGGUGGAACGAUGCUGAAGAGCAACAACAAUGGGGCCACCACCGCCGGGCAGGAGGUGCUGGUCCAGCAGCACGUGCAAGCUUGAGGGCGGUGGGCGCCAAAACGGUGCCCCCGCAGCGAUGGCGGAUAUUUGUGAAUAGAUUUUUUUUUUGUCUUGACGGGUUUUUUUUUGCGGCACACGUGGAUAUCAAAUAUCCCGAGGGGAAUGUGCGCGCAAACGGAAUUGUUCUAAUUGGUACUAAGGUGAGCGUGAACGAGAGAGAGAAUAAGCGCGAGCGCGAGAAAGAGAGCUAUAAUUUAUCGGUUGAAAAGUGUUUAUACAUAUAUUUUUUAAAAAAGUGAGAGAUGAAUUCGUAUUUAUAUAUUGAACCUUUGCGGACUAGCGAUUAUCAAUUGUACAGUAACGCGAUCAGUUGAGCGAACAGUUUAGAUUACACCAACACACACACACAUACACAUUAUCAAUAACAUAUUAUUAUUUUUUUGAUAUAGUAUAAUAUAUUUAAAACAAUCUGAUGAAACAGAAGGAAAUUUGAUGCGAUUAGGCGCGCGAGUGUUUGCUACUCAACUUAGGAAAAAAAAAAACAAAAAACUGUAACCAAUUUUACGCUAAAAGUUAACAAAGUAAAGGACGAAAGAUGUCGGAUCAAAUCAGUGCAUCUAUUAUCACUUACACACACACAUACACAUCAUACUAGAAGCAAAAAAAGAGAGGAAGAAAUGUACUAACUAAGAAAAACUAUUAACAUUUGAUAACCUUUGUGAAACAUUUUCAUGGAAAUAAAACGACGUUAUGCGAGCGCGAAGAAACGAGCCUAUUCCAUCAUGUUACUGCAACAGUUUAGAAGAAGAAAAGAAAUGUGUUAAAGGCAGCAGAAUAUACUCUAAACAAUAAAACAGAAAAUAUCGAGAGAGAGAUAAAAAUGCGAGCAAAAAA